AUGCGUUUCUCCUCCGUUCUUGCCAGCGCCAUGGCCGCGACCAUGGCCGCUGCCCACCACAACCACGACAUCAAGAGGGAGCAGGCUAUGCGCCGCACUCUUCUUGAGCACACCAAGAAGGACCUGAGCCACUGUGCUGCGAAGAUCAGGAGGAACGGCCUCGAGGCUCGCAAUGUCCAGCGUCGUGCGGACCAGGCCGCCGCCCUGAUCGAGAAGAAGGGCCUGAUGAAGGGUGUCCGUGACCUCUCUGCUCUCAACACCUCUCACUUGUCCCCCGAGGACUACACUCUCGCCACCCCUGAAGAGACCAUCUUCGCCAGCAACGCCUCUUGCGUCCUCAGCCCCGAGGUUACUGAGGGUCCUUACUAUGUUGCGGGAGAGUUCAUUCGCGAGGACGUGACCGACGGACAGGCUGGCGUUGAUCUGCACCUGGAGCUCCAGGUCCUGGACGUCAACACUUGCGAGCCGAUCGCGAACGCAUACACUGAGAUCUGGGCCUGCAACUCCACUGGUGUCUACUCGGGCGUCUCCGCCCGAGGCAACGGCAACUCGGCCACCGACACCACCAACCUGGACGCGACCUUCGCCCGCGGAAUCCAGGCGACCGACGCCGACGGCGUGGCCAGCUUCGAUACCCUGUUCCCAGGCCACUACACGGGCCGCACGACGCACAUCCACGUCCUGGUGCACCUGAACGCCACGGCGCGCGACAACGGCACCCUCCUGGACACGACGGCCUCGCACGUCGGGCAGGUCUUCUUCGACCAGGACCUCAUCUACGAGGUCGAGGCCACCGGCGUUUACGUCACCAACACCCAGACGCUGACCCUCAACGAGGACGACGGCAUCCUGGCCGAGGAGGCCGCCACCAGCGACCCCUUCGUCGAGUACGUCCUGCUCGGCAGCACUGUCGAGGACGGCCUGCUCGGCUGGUUGGCGUUCGGCAUUGACCCCACCCUGUCCAAGAGCGUGAACGCUGCUGCUACUUUGUAUGAGACCGGUGGCGUCAGCAACCCUGGUGGUGGCGGUGGUGGCGGUGGUCCCGGCGGUCCUCCCCCUACUGUCUAA